AUGUCAGUUCUUCUCAACUUGAUUUAUAGGUUAAAUGCCAUCCCACUCAGAAUCUCAGGUGAGGCCCUGUCUAAUGCUACGAGAGCUGCUGUUGAAGAAGGCAUUGUUUUGGGAGGGGGUUGUGCCCUGCUUCGAUGCAUUCCAGCCUUGGACUCAUUGACUCCAGCUAACGAAGAUCAAAAAAUUGGUAUAGAAAUUAUUAAAAGAACACUCAAAAUUCCAGCAAUGACCAUUGCUAAGAAUGCAGGUGUUGAAGGAUCUUUGAUAGUUGAGAAAAUUAUGCAAAGUUCCUCAGAAGUUAGUUAUGAUGCGAUGGUUGGAGAUUUUGUGAAUAUGAUGGAAAAAGGAAUUAUCGACCCAACAAAGGUUGUGAGAACUAUUUUAUUGGAUGCUGCUUGUGUGGCCUCUCUGUUAACUACAGCAGAAGUUGUAGUCACAAAAAUUCCUAAAGAAGAGAAGGACCCUGGAAUGGGUGCAAUGGGUGGAAUGGGAGGUGGUAUGGGAGGUGGCAUGUUCUAACUCCUAGACUAGUGCUUUAUCUUUAUUAAUGAACUGUGACAGGAAGCCCAAGGCAGUGUUCCUCACCAGUAACUUCAGAGGAGUCAGCUGGAGAAAAUAAAAAGGCUGGCUGAAAAUCACUAUAACCAUCAGUUACUGGUUUCAGUUGACAAAAUAUAUAAUAGUUUACUGCUGUCAUUGUCCAUGCCUACAGAUAAUUUAUUUUGUAUUUUUGAAUAAAAAACAUUUGUACAUUCCUGA